AUGACUGUUUUAUAUUGGAACCCUCCUCCUCAUUCUUAUGUGAAAAUAAACUGUGAUGGUAGUGUGCUUGGUCACAAUGGUGAUGCUGGUGGGGGGUGUUUGUUGAGAGAUCACAAUGGUCAAUUUGUGGCUGGUUUAUCUAAUUAUUAUGGUGCUUACUCUAUUACUUGGACCGAAAUGAAGGCUAUUUAUGAUGGCAUCUGCCUUGCUAAAUCCCUAGGAUUUAAUCAUAUCCAGGUCGAAUCUGACUCUUUGGUUGCUAUUAACAUUCUGUCAUCUAUCUAUCAUUGUUCUUGGAAAGUUAUUUAUAUUAAAAGACAGAUUGAAGAAAGUUAUGGAUCUAUGGAUAUCCAGUUUAAGCACAUCUUCAGGGAAAUCAAUGGUUGUGCAGAUUUUCUAGCCACAAAAGCUUCACAAGGUAAGCAAUCUAGCUACUUCUACAGAUACAACGACCUUCCAGCUCAAGUUAAAGGCUUUUGUCUACCCUUUUGGUUUGUUAUUGUUAUGGUUUACUCCCCCCAUUGUGAGCCACCGGAGAAGGGCUAUUCUUCUCCUCAUGAAAUAAAUUUUCCGAAAUUGAACUCCCCGCCGGGUCUGGGUCCGGGUCCCGGUCCCGGUCCGGUAUCCCCAUCCCCGUCGGGGUCGGAGACGGGGAUCCUUGAAUCUCAAGGGGCGAGGAUGGGGACAGGGAUGGGGUUCGGGGACGGGGAUGAGGAUGCAAAUGCUCAGCUGGCCUCGGAGAACCCACGCCCGUCGGCCAAUUUUCUCCCACCUAUUUGGGGUCAUGUUUAUUUUGCAUCACUUCCCUCAAAUGAUGCGGAAUUUGAAUCAUGUACAAAGCAAAUAGAAGACUUGAAAAUCCGAGUGAAAGAAAUGCUAACAGACUCUACCAGCAAUCCAGUGGAGAUAGUCAGACUGAUUCAUUUGUUAUGCCGUCUUGGUUUAUCAUAUCACUUUGAGAGUGAGAUUGAAGACCAUCUCCAACAAUAUUUUGACCACACCAUGGCUAAGCUUGUUGAGAUGAAUAACUACAACCUAGAGACGGUUGCACUUGUAUUCCGAGUAUUUAGACAAUAUGGCUACAAAGUGUCUUGUGAUGUUUUCAACAUGUACAAGGAAAAUAGUACUGGUGAGUUCAAGGAGAGCCUAGUCAAUGAUGUCAAGGGCAUGCUAAGCUUGUACGAGGCUGCCCAUUUAAGGAUGCAUGGGGAGGCUAUUUUAGAUGAAGCUCUUGCUUACACAACUACUUUCCUCCUUAAGUUGGUCGCAAAUCAAAGUGAUGACCGCCUCGCCAAACAUAUACAAUAUGCCUUGGUGUAUCCUUUUCACAAGAGCAGUGAAAGAUUGGCUGUGAGGCAGUACAUAGAUUCUUAUGAAGAGGAUGAGUCUUGCAAUGAGAUGCUGCUCAAGUUUGCAAAACUGGAUUUUAAUCGACUACAGCUCUUGCAUCGAAAAGAGCUGACCCAUGUCGCAUGGUGGUACAAGGAAAUUGAUUUUACUUCAAAUUUUGCUUAUGCAAGAGAAAGAAUUGCAGAAAACCAUUUGUGGCUUCUUGGAACUCACUUUGAGCCACAAUACACAAAGUCACGAAUAUUUGUCAACAAAGUCAUAACCCUCGUCACGGUUUUAGAUGACAUAUAUGAUGUAUAUGGUUCAAUUGAAGAAGUCAGAUUAUUGACAGAUGCAAUACAGAGGUGGGAAAUUGGCGCAAUUGAUCAACUUCCAGACUACAUGAAAAUUAUCUAUAGCAUUGUGUUGGAUGUUUAUCAUGGAUUUGAGAAUGAGUUGAAAAAAGAAGGAAGAUCUCACUUGGUCUCUUAUGCCAAGGAUGCCAUGAAAGAAUUGGUGAGAGGCGACCAUCUCGAGGCUGAGUGGUUCCAUAAACGCUGUGUUCCUCCAUUUGACGAAUAUAUGGAAACUGGAUUAAUCACGAUCACGUUUCGUGCAUUGCUGGCACCUUCUUUUCUAGGAAUCGACAGUGUAGGGGCAGAUGCAUUUGAAUGGCUGAAAAAUAGUAAGAUUCUUAGAGCUUCACAAGCAAUUGGUCGCCUCAUGAACGACACAGCAACACGCAAGGUGGAGCAAAAGUUGGGACAUUCUGCCUCCAGCUUACAGUGCUAUAUGAAUGAAAAUGGCGUCUCUGAGGAAGAAGCAAUCAAAUAUAUCAGGGAAGAAGUGAUUGAGAGUGCGUGGAAGGAUAUAAAUGAAGAACAGAUGAGGCCAAAUAUCGUCGUCCCAAGGGAGCUUCUGAUGCUUGUUGUUAACCUUGCACGCGUAGCACAAUCGUUUUAUAAUGUUAACGACGUAUACACAAACACAACAUAUUCAAAGGAAUAUGUCAAGACCACCUUCGUUGAGCCAUUUCCCAUAUGA